CGCGGCCAUGGCGGCGGAGGGUCGGGCGGCGGCUGCCGAGCUGCAGCCGGAGGGGGACGCGGAGGGCGGCGGCGGCGGCGAGCCGGAGGGCGGCUUCGGGCAGCUGCUGGAGGAGGAGGAGGACGGCGAGGACGCCGGCUACGUGCUCUACAGGGACAGGAAGGAAUGGGCAGAUAUUGAACCUGUCCCUCAAAAUGAUGGGCCAAAUCCUGUUGUUCAGAUCAUCUACAGUGAAAAAUUUCGAGAUGUCUAUGAUUACUUCCGAGCUGUUCUGCAGCGGGAUGAGAGGAGCGAAAGAGCUUUCAAGCUAACAGCAGAUGCCAUUGAGUUAAACGCUGCAAACUACACAGUAUGGCAUUUCCGGAGAGUCCUCCUGCAGUCUUUGGGAAAAGAUCUCCACGAGGAACUUAAGUAUAUUACAGCUAUCAUUGAAGAUCAGCCAAAGAACUACCAAGUCUGGCAUCACAGACGAGUGUUGGUGGAGUGGCUGCAGGAUCCAUCUCAAGAGCUUGAGUUCAUAGCUGACAUUCUUAACCAAGAUGCCAAAAACUACCAUGCGUGGCAACACAGACAGUGGGUUAUUCAGGAGUUCAAAUUAUGGGACAAUGAACUGGAAUAUGUAGACCAGCUUUUGAGAGAAGAUGUGAGAAACAACUCUGUUUGGAACCAACGACACUUUGUCAUUUUCAACACCACUGGCUACGAUGAUCCAGCAGUCCUAGACAGAGAAGUCCGGUACACUCUUGAGAUGAUCAAAGCAGUGCCACAUAAUGAGAGUGCUUGGAACUAUUUAAAAGGGAUUCUGCAGGAUCGUGGUCUUUCUAAGUAUCCAAACCUGUUAGAGGAACUGUUGAAUUUACAGCCCAGUCAUAGUUCACCCUAUCUGAUUGCCUUCCUUGUGGACAUAUAUGAAGAUAUGCUUGAAAACCAGUGUGAUAACAAGGAAGAAACACUGAACAAGGCAUUGGAGUUGUGUGAAAUUCUGGCUAAAGAAAAAGACACCAUUCGAAAGGAAUACUGGAGAUACAUUGGAAGGUCCCUUAAGAGCAAGCACAGUUCAGGCACUGAACAGACCAGCACACUGACAGAUAAGCCACAGUAACUGAAUAUGGAAGAAAACAGUGUUAAGCUCUCAAGCCGUUCUAAAGCAAUACUAAGUAGUGUCAUAAACUCGUUUGAAAUCCUGUGUAGUAUUCCCCCAGUGAGGAGAUGUUGCAAUGAAAGAGGAGUGCAGAGUGCUGUGUAGUCCUGGAUCACUGCUGCUUCUGGCGAUAGCUCUAGGCGCAGUUAAGAAAUCACAGAAUAUGCUAACUUGGAAGGGACCCACAAAGAUCAUCAAGUCCAUCUCUUAGCUCUGCACAGGACCAUCCCCAAGAGUCACACCAUGUGCCAUCAUCCAAACACCUCUUGAACUCUGUCAGGCUUGGUGCUGUGAGCACUGCCCUGGGGAGCCUGUUCUAGUGCCCAGCCACCCUCUGGGUGAAGAACCUUUUUCUAAUAUCCAACCUCAACCUCCCUGGGCACAGCUUCAGGCCAUUCCCUUGGGUCCUGUCACUGGUCACCACAGAGCAGAGAUCAGUGCCUGCCCCUCCUCUUCCCCUCAUGAGAAAGUUGCAGGCUUCUCCCCCCAGUCUCCUCCCGGCUGAGGAACAUUUGCCAGCUUCAAGUUGAGUUGUGGCUUCCCCAAGAUCACUCAGAAAUUAUCGAGAAAGGUUUUGCAACGACAUCAGCCAGCUCUUUGAGGAUUCUGGGAUGAAGCCUAUCAGGCUCAAUAGAUUUUUAAGGAUCCAGCUGGAGCAGCAGAUCCCACACAAUUUCAGGUUUGACUGGGAGUUGAUCAUUCUGGCAGUCAUGGUCCUCCUGCUCAGGGCACGGAGACCCCCCCUUGGUCAGUCAUGCGUGUUGAACACAGGCAAAGAAUGUGUUAAACAGCUCUGCCUUAUCUCUGUCCCUGUGUGUGAGGUGACCAUCUAAGGCAUAUUAAUAUAAUACAAACCACACAGACCCGACUAGUUUAGGGGUUCACAGGCAAAUCCUCUUUAUUCAAAUCAGACAACACCUUAUAUAUGUGGGUUCAAAGUAACAUAUGACUCCCUUGACCAAUCACCAAGGGCAUCUCACUACCCAUGAGUGUGGGAGUACUUGGGAACUACAUCUCCCCAGGCACUGUUCAGCACCCUUCCUGAAACCCAACUCCCCUCUUCUUUAUUAUUAUGAGGAAAUACAGAACAUUGCAUAUAACAGUACAUUUUAAACUUCGUAAACCCUCUUUAACAAUCACCACUGCAUCACAGUGACUCAGCUCACUGCCCACCUUGGUCUCUCAACAAACUUACUUUGUUGAGAGGUUUGUAUGUAUUUGGGAUAAACAACAACUUUAUUAACCUGAGGGUUUUUGCAUAACUGGGUAAAACAUUGACUUUGACUUCCCCAAGGGCUUGCAUGUAAUUGGUAACCAGGAGAAGUUCAACUCCAUUUCAAGAAAAGGGCCCUUAGAGAGCAAGUGUUACAUGAUACAAGUGUUAUUUGUUCAGGGCACAUGAAACAUAAGUAUCUCCAAGUCUACAUACAUACAUGUCCACACAGCUUCUCUCAUUCAUUCACACCAAGGUAGCUGCCUUUUCCAACGUGCUUGCAGCAAACGUGGGUAGAGCCCUUCCCAAAUCUUCGUUCGUGAAGCCCAGCCAUGAUGAUGAGCUACCUUUUCACACUCAUACGUAAGUGGCCACUUCAUUCAUCUUCAUUCAUGCAUACUUAGAAUUUUUAUUAUGUCUCUAUUUAAAUCACGAAGUUUGGGUUUUUGUAGAGGUUAUUAAUUGUGUGUUUCUUAGUCUGUCACUUCUGGUAAUCAUGUCUGGCAGCUGUACCGGAUCACAUGUUUUAAGCACACUUCCUCAAGCUGGGACGCUCGACAAGCUGUCCGUGGGCAAGGUGGUGCAGCAUGGCCACCACGUGGCUGCAGUGUGGCAGUGCCUCGUGGACUCAAGGUCUGUCUUUCCCUAACAAUCACACAGUCCAUGCCACGUGCUCGCUCCUGCCCACGUGAAACCCAGCCCAAGUCCUUUGUUAGGUCCUUUAGGUUUGCAAACGGUCCCCUGUCUGCUCAUGGUUCUGCCCCACCCCCGUGUCUGCUCCUAUGUUUGGUGGAGUCCUUUGUGUGUUAGGGCUCAUGGGGUGAACAACAGGUUUAAAGUUUUGCUCCAUGGACAAAUUUGUGAGUUGUAUGUGAGAUUUUUAAAGUGUCCGCAUAUUCUAUCUCUCCUUUCUCUCGAGCAGUCUCUCCAAAUUUUUUUUCAAGCAGUCACACCAAGGAUUCUACUUAACAGAAUCCUACAUAGUUGUUUCUAUCAUUUCCCUUGAAUUUUAACUUCCCAUGCCAGCUGCUUACCUCGAGUUCUCUGUAGCGUUAGCUUUUCUCCUUUCAAAGCUUUACUCUGCCAGGUCUCUCAUGUGCACAAUACUUAGAUUCUCGGAGCUCCACUCAGUCCUCUGCUACACAACAUCCCAGUCAUCUUUUUGCACUGGUAUUCCACGUCCUUUGUUUAACGACGUUUUCUGCCUGCUUUUAGCUCCGUUUACAAAGUCUGACUUUUUUUCAGAGAAAAGCAUCCCAAGUUUUUAAAACAAACUCAUUCGAACGCUACUGUAAUUCUCCUUGUUGCAAGGCAGUCUCUAAUCAUCCCCGACACAGGGUUGUGCCCCACGUUGGGCACCAGGUAAGGCGCAUUAAUAUAAUACAAACCACAUAGACCCGGCUAGUUUGGGGGUUCACAGCUGAAUUCUCUUUAUUCAAGUCAGGCAACACCUUAUAUAUGUGGGUUCAAAGUAACACGUGACUCUCUUGACCAGUCACCAAGGGCAUCUCAGUGCCCAUGAGUGUGGGAGUACUUGGGAACUACAUCUCCCCGAGUGCUUUUCAGCACCCUUCCUGAAACCCGACUCCUACAACCAUGCUCAUCCUGUAACGGGCCGAUGAUAUUUCUAUACUGCCUAUUGCCAUUAAUGUGUUGGAAAAAGCUUUUUAUUGUCCCCCACAUUUUGGCAGCUUCAACCCCAGAGCUUUGGCUAUAUGAAUUUUCUCCCUACAGUGGCAAGGAGCAUCUCUGAAUUCUUUCCGUGUCACUUGACCUUGCUUCCACUGGGCAUAGACUUUCCUCUUUUGCCUUAUUUCUGAGAGAAGAUCCGUGCUGCACUGAGCUAGCCUUCUGCCUCAGCUGGUUGACUUCCAGCAUUUGGGAAUUGCUGCUCCUGUGCCCUUAGGAGGUGAUGUUUGAAAAGUGACCAGCACUGAUGGACCCCAGCAUCUGCAAAAAAACAUUUUCCCAGGGGACCUUACUUACUGAUUCCCUGAGCAGCCUGAAGUCUGCUUUCCUCAUGUCCAGAGUUGAGGGUUUGCUGGCACUUUUCUUCCUGUCAAGGAGAUUUUAAGCAAUUUUAAACUCAAUCACUUCAUGAUCACUGUGGCCAAGAGGCCACAAGUCUCCACGUUAACGAGAUCCACUCUGUGGACAAGCAGCAGAUCAAGGAGGGCAUCUUUCCAAGUCAGCUCCCUCAGGAUCUGUUCCAUAAAGUUGUCCAAUUUUUUUUUAGGAAUCUUUUGGCCCAGGUUUUAUUAAGGCUUAAUUAUUGAAAUGUACCAAGUAAAGGUUUUAGUUCCUACCUAAAAAUACAUAAAGCUGUACCUACUAUUUUGGCAGUACUCAGUUAAUUGUUGGACUUGAUAUUAGAGGUUUUUUCCAAAAUAAGCUAUUCUGUGAUUCGUUGAGGCAUAAAAAAAAUUUCUCAUGUCCUGGCUUACCCACUUGUGGUUCCUAACACUGUCUCAUCAGAUGCAGUAAUGACUGCAGUUAAUUUAGCUGUAGUGGAUAUAAAGUAACAUGGUUAGUGCAAGCAGGCUCUGCAGUUGUUGCCUUAUGUGGGAGCAGCUGUGCAAAGCUGUCAGCAUAAGCUAUUAUAUGCAACUAACUCCAAGUGUAAUUUUGUAAUAAAAAUAUAACUUAAAGCAUUUGUCUGAAUUCUUUUAGUGUGUUUCUUUUGGUCUUCAUGUGUGCGUAGUUUGUUCUUCUCAGAUGCUAGUAGAGAUAAAAUAUCCCCUUUCACAGAUAUUGGAUUCUAUCACAGUGAGGUGCCUUUUGCACUGAGUAUUCUUAACCUGGAAACUUUCAGUUGAAUACUUGAUGUAUUCAGUGGAGCCUUGAGUUCUUAUCUGCACAGUCAGGAAAAAUCCUUUGAGGAUCUUAGAAGAUCUACUUAGUUUUUUCUUGGAAUUCUGUUCAGACGGCUGAAAAUCUGAUUUUUUUAAUGUUUUUAUUCACCCUUUGUAACCAGAUCGAACUGAAGUCACAGGUCAGGAGAUUGACUGGUAAUGUUAUGUAUCUUCUCUGAACUGGAAGGGAAAGAAUGGCUUUAUUUGGGACCUCUUUGCAUGAGAUGUCUUAACCUUGUUGUACCUUUUCCUACCUUUUCCAUGCAUAUAUUCAGCCAAGGAGUAUUUUUCCUCCCCUUUGUGAAAGAUAGAAGGCACCUGCAGUGCAGAACUGCGAUGGACGUCUAUACCUGCGCCUGCACCACAUCUACCCUGUUUUCAGGAAAAAGUUAUUGUAAACUGUGUUCUUACAGAGUGCUUGUCUGAUAUGAAACAUUUCACUGGAAAUGAUCGUAAAGGGAACAAACAAAUGCUGAUAUUUAUUCCAUAAUAUAAUCUGUCUUUCUGACAUUAAACAUUAAAAGCUGCUACU